CGGAGGGUUGCAGCGGAGCCAAAGCGGGGCAGCCCUCGAUACGGAGCCGCCUUUCCUCGGUCUUUUCCCCGGGCACCAUGGCGCUCCGCAGAGUCCUGCUCCUGAGCUUCCUGCCGUCUGUCCUGGCUGGCGGCGGCUGCCCCCGCGAGUGCGCCUGCUCCAGGACGGCCCAGGUGGAGUGCUCGGGCGCCGGGAUCACGGUGAUGCCCGCGCCGUUGCCCGGCAACGCCAUGAGCCUACAGGUGGUCAACACGCGCCUGGCCGUUCUGGGUCCCCUGGCCUUCGGGAACGCCUCGCAGCUGCUCGCCCUGCGGAUGGAGAAGAACCUGCUGGAGCGCCUCGCUCCCCGCGCCUUCCGGCCCCUGGCGGCCCUGCGCUACCUGAGCCUGGCCAGCAACCGGCUGCAGGAGCUGCCGCCUGACGUCUUCCGGCCACUGGUCCGGCUGGAGGCGCUGCUGCUGUCGGGGAACCAGCUGCGCCGCAUCCAGCCGGCUCACUUCGCCGGGUUGAGCGCGCUCAAGGAGCUCCAGCUGCACGGGAACCGUCUGCAGGCCGUGCCUCCCGGCGCCUUCGACCAGCUGCCCAACCUGGCCCGCCUCAACCUGGCCCGCAACCAGCUGGUGCGCCUGCCGCCCCGCCUCUUCACGCCGCUGGCGCGCCUGCAGGUGCUGCGCCUCUAUGAGAACCAGCUGAGCGAGCUAGCGCCCCGCGCCUUCGGCGGCCUGGGCGAGCUGCAGGAACUGGCCCUCUACCAGAACCGUCUCCGCCAGCUCCCCGCAGGCCUCUUCGCCGGCCCGCGCAGACUGCAGAAGCUGCUGCUGUCCGGCAACCUCCUGGAGGCGCUGCCCGAGGGGCUCCUGCUGGGGCUGCCCGAGCUCUCGCGGCUCUCGCUCUUCGGAAACAACCUGCGCGAGCUGCGCCCGGGCACCUUCGGCCCGAUGCCGCAACUGCGAGAGCUCCGGCUGGCUGACAACCAGCUGGCCUCGCUGCCCGGCCGCGCCCUGGCCAACCUUACCGCGCUGCAGGUCCUGAUUCUAAGCAAGAACCGCCUCGGCUCGCUCGCGCCCACGGCCUUCGCCGGCCUCCGGGGCCUCGAGGAGCUCGCCCUGCACUCCAACCGGCUGGCCACGCUGGACGGGGAGCUCUUGCGCGGCCUGGCCUCGUUGCGGAACCUCUCCUUGCACAGCAACCGGCUGGCCGCCUUGCCUGCCCGCCUCUUCCAGGGCACCCCCGGCCUGUGCGCCCUUCAGCUGCAGAACAACUCGCUGGAGGAGCUUCCGGCAGGCCUCUUCGACGGGCUGCCCGAGCUGCGCGACCUCCAACUGCAGGACAACCCCUGGCGUUGCGACCCCGCCCUGCGGUCGCUCCAGCGCUGGUUGCGGGAGAACAGGGCCAGCCUGGGCGGAGAGAGCCGCCACCCCCGCUGCGCCGCGCCGCCUUGGCAGCUGGGCCGGUCCCUGCUGGAGCCGGAGGCCAGCACUUUCGGUCCCGGGACCUCCGCACUGCCCGAGAGCUGGGCAACUUUCAGGAGCCGCACGGAGGCCCCUUCCGAGAGCGAGCCGACGCCGGAGACGCUGUCACCCGGACGCUGGCAGCCGCCACUAGAUAGCGAGCCGGGCAGCGCAGAGAUCGCGGAGGAGGUCCCGGAAGAGCUCCCUGAAGCGGGGCGAGGGGGAGGCGGGAUUUGGGGCCUGACCCGCACCCAGACGGGGGCCGUCGUCACCUGUCUCGUGGUGGGCUCCGCCUUGAUCCUGGGGAUGGUGCUGGCGGUGGGCGUCUACGGCUCCAGGCGGAAGCGCCCCGUCCGGGCCAAAGCCUAG